CAUCGCUCGGUGCCUUCCAUCUGUUCGAUCCGUUUAGAGAGAGAGAGAGAUAGGGGGUCCUCGUCAUCUUUCACGAGCAAGCAUUCUUUCCUUCUGAGUUUCAUUUGCAGAACUCCUAAAAAAAGGAGCGGUUUUUCUUCUUCUUUCUUCUAAAUUUGAGGGUCUCCCGUGCGUGUGGGACUUGUUUUGACCGUCUUCGACUUCUUCAACUCAGGCCUUUCUCCGAAUUCCAGGCGAACUUUGCAUUUGUGGAUCGGUUUUGCUCCUCGAAGCCGUCCGUUCUUUUCUUCUUGUUGCUAGGGAGAAGGUGGGGGGAGAGAGGGAGAGAGAGAGACGGGUCUUCGUCGCUUUUCACGAGCAUUCUCUCUUUCUGAGUUUCAUUUGCAGAAUUCCUAAAAAAGGAGCGGUUUUUCUUCUUCUUUCUUCUACUUUGGGGGUCUGCGUCUGUGGGGGACUUGUUUUGACCGUCUUCGAGUUCUUUUCACCCGAGACUCUCUCCGAAUUCCAGGUUCUUGGAAUUUUCACCAUUACGUCACCAUAUUGAGAAAGGCGCCUUCUUCUGAUCUUCGAGAAUGUUUGGAUUUCUUAAAUCACCGGUGAAUAAGGUUUCCAAGCAAAACUCUGUGGACCCUCCGUCUUCAGGAACAAAUCCUUUUGAUUCCGAUACUGAAUCUGACACAAAAUCUACCAUUAAACCUUCAAGGCGAGCAAACUCAGAGCCCGUGCUUAUUGUGCCAAAUCUCGGUGGCAGUCCUUUCGACGAUGAUAAGGGACGAAGAGGAGCUUCCUCCUCUGCAUCCCCUUAUUCAGGUUCAUCAACAGCACGGGAUAAGUAUAGGAGCGACUUUCAUGAAUCGGGAGGGCUGGAGAAUCAGAGCGUGCAAGAAUUGGAGAACUAUGCCGUGUACAAGUCGGAGGAGACUACAAGUUCUGUCAACAACUGCCUCAAGAUUGCUGAGGAUAUAAGAGAGGACGCCACGAGGACCCUUGACAUGUUGCAUAAUCAGGGUGAGCAGAUCAGGAGGACCCACGAAGUGGUUGCCGAUACAGAUAAGGACUUGAGCAAGGGGGAAAAGCUCUUAGGAAACCUUGGAGGAAUGUUCUCUAAGACUUGGAAACCGAAGAAGACCCGAGAAAUUUCAGGGCCUGUAGUUACAACAGACAAUUCAUCUAAAAAAAGUGACAAAAAACAGAGGGAGAAGUUGGGGUUGGCUCCUGUGCCGAAAGGAAAAGGGACUACUCGUACUCCUCCGCCUGAACCAACAAAUGCAUUGCAGAAAGUGGAGGUUGAGAAGGCAAAGCAAGAUGAUGCGUUAUCAGAUCUUAGCAAUGUCUUAGGUGACCUGAAGAAUAUGGCUGUUGAUAUGGGAGGCGAACUUAACAGGCAAAACAAAGCUCUCGACCAUCUAAGUGAUGAUGUGGAUGAGAUGAACUCUCGAGUGAAAGGGGCCAACCAACGUACUCGUCGUCUGCUUGGCAAAUGAAGGGAGAGCAAGAGCAGGCUUAUUUAUUGUGCAUUUACUCUUGCCUUCCCAUAGCUGUUCUAGUGUGUUCUCCCUCUUUCUUUCACCAAGCCGAAAACGAAGAAUUUUGUUUGAUAGCUUGUACCGCAUCAGCAAUUGAAAUAAACGAAUCAGCAAAUGAAAUAAAAUCAUCUUUCUGCAAAUUGAAU